AUGACGCUCCUCACUAUAACUCAGUUCCACUACCCCUUCUGGUCAUCAAGAACACUGCCAAAUUGUUUUGCACUGCCUUUAGUAAACCUGAGUCAUUACUUCUACAUCAAGUCAUCAACUAGAAAGAAUAACAAGUCUAGAUAUGCUGCUAUAUCACUCAUUUAUAUCACAGCUGCUGCUGUCAUCUUUAGAAUAGAGUUGGUUGCAAUGAUCUUACCGAUGGUGUUUCAACUGUGGUUUAAUAGACGUCUGAGCACCUUUAAGAUUGCUUUGAUUGGUGGUGUUACUGGAUUGACAGCGUUAUUCACUACUAUCCUUGUAGACAGCUAUUUCUGGUCAUCUAAACUUCUCUGGCCGGAGUUAAACGGAUUAUUGUUCAACGUAUACAACAACAAGUCUUCUGAAUGGGGUGUAUCACCUUGGUACACGUACUUUCUAGCGCACCUACCAAAACUGCUGAUGACAGGAUUACCGCUGAGUAUUGCAGCUUUAUUACCAAAGUCUUCCUUCCUUCCCAACGAGAUAAACCAAAAGUUCAUUACGAUACACAACAAAGUCGCCUCGUUCCAGCCAGUAUCUCUGCUAUUCCCGUCAAUCAAUUAUAUAUUUAUUCUCAGCUUUCUAGGACACAAGGAGUGGAGGUUUAUCAUCUACACCAUCCCUCUCUUCAAUGCUUUAGCUGGGUUGGGGAUGGGUCGAUUGAAUGAUUUGUGGAAAAUGAAUACGGUGCAGAUGAAAUUAAUGGCUCUCGUUCCCGUACUUGCAUUGGCGGUUAAUUUCUCUGCUACUUUUCUAGUUACUGCGUUAAGCUCACUCAAUUAUCCUGGCGGUAGUGCACUCAGUCAGUUCCAUCACCUGGUUGCUCAGCAGCCACCAUCUACUGUACACCUAGACGUACUAACCGCAAUGACUGGCGCUAGUAGAUUCGGUGAGCUGUACAGAGAUGUAGGGUGUGAUAUUGGCGAAGAGAAGGUGUGCACUGGCUGGUCUUACUCUAAGAAUGAAGAUCAUAUACCAAGUGAAGCUCAAUGGAAGAUUUCUGCUGACACUGAUGAUGAAUGGACGGUUGUCGAUUCUGUCAGAGGAUUCAAAGGUGUCAGUCUUCGUAAUCUCAACAUCGAUAUUGGCGAGUUACUUCAUAUACAGAAAAGGAAAACUACUUGA